AUGUCUGCGAGGCUCAAAGCUAGUCUUCUUGGCAAGUCGCUUGCAGAACACAAGCCAUCUGCCGAUGAGAAGUCCAAGAACGAACAGAACAAUGAGUCGCUGUCCGGAACAAGACUACUUUCUGGUAGUGGGAUAGAGUCCGGAGAGUUUACUAGAACUGGCAUAUAUGGAAUCGUAUCAAACAUUACUUAUUCGUACUUGUCGCCCUUGCUCUCACUCGGCAACAAGAGGCCUUUGGAGACGACUGACAUGUAUGAGCUCAACAAGAUGCAUACGUCUGAAGAACUACAGAAGAUCUUUGAGGCCCAUUGGUUUAUUGAAGCUGAACUUGAAAAGACUGGGGGGAAACCGAGUAUAUUUAGAGCUAUUUGGAAGACUUUUGGAACUGAAUGGAUGGGCACUGCUGUGUGGCGUUUAAUUGCAGACACAUGUGCAGUGGGAUCUCCCAUUGUCUUGCUCAAUAUUAUAAAGUUUCUACAAACUGUUGGUACACCUGGUGCAAACGAUAAUCCAGCCUAUGGAUAUGGUUUAGCUGGUGCGCUUCUAGCUCUUCAAAUAAUCCAAACCCUUGCAAUGAAUCGUCACUUUGCUAUUACAAUGACGAUUGGGUUUAAACUGCGAUCGGCUUUGGUCGCUACACUUUAUAGAAAGAGUCAGAAGCUGUCCCCGUUAGCACGCCAGACGCUGACAGUUGGUAAAAUUAUUAAUAUUGUUGCUUCGGAUACUGCGAGGUUGGAUAUGAGUAUGUGGGGCUUACACUGGAUUUGGGCUGGUUUAUAUCAAAUCAUUUUAGCAACAGCUCUGUUGAUAUACACUCUUGGGCCAGUUGCUCUUAUUGGAUUUGCAUUGUUUGUUGUCUUCCUGCCAGUUCAGACGUAUGCCAUGGGAUAUUUAACGUCUCUGAGAACGAAAGCAAUGGCAAUUUCUGAUCAACGUGUCAGAAUCUUUUCUGAAGCUCUUUCUGGCAUUAAGGUCAUAAAGCUCUACGCUUGGGAGAGUUCCUUCUUAAACGUUAUCAAUUCGUUACGAAAAGGGGAACUGGAAUAUGUCAAAUCCAUUUUAAAUACUCGAAAUCUUCUCGCUGGAGCUACUGUCGUAGUACCUGCAUUUGCCAUGAUUUUCACAUACAUCACAUACGCCGGGCUAGGAUAUCCAUUCAAUUAUUCAACCAUCUUCUCUUCGCUAUCAUUAUUCUAUGUACUGAGGAUGCCAUUAAGCAUGCUGCCUCAAACAGUCACUAUAUGUACUGAUGCUUUUGUCGCAGCCCGCCGCGUGCAGAGUCUGCUGUUAGCAAAAGAGUCCGAUUCAGCACCAAAGAUGCUACCAUACGAUGCAACCAAACCAAGCAUAGUAGUAUCGAACGGUAACUUUAUCUGGGAGGUUUUACCGUCUAAUGGACUCGCUGGUGCCAAAGGACUGAAUCAGCAAGCCGAUAAAUUCGCUUCUAAUGCAUUCAAGGAUGGUGAAAAGGCAGCUCACAAGUCGACCAAAGUGUCGUUUAAUGUUUGGCUUAAAGAUAAAGCCACGAAGAUGGUGUUUGGUGCUAAGCAGCUUGAUGAGUUGGAACGUUUGAAGCAGCUGGAGAAGCUCGUAUCUGCUGAAACGGCUGAAUUGCCAGACUUGCGUUUAUCAAAUAUUGAGUUGAAUGUACCAGCAGGUAGCCUAGUUGCUAUAGUCGGACCUGUAGGUAGUGGUAAAACGUCGUUGCUGUCUGCUCUUGUUGGUGAAAUGAAGCGUAAGACAGGGUCUGUUGAAUUUAGAGGAUCGGUUGCCCUUUGUAGUCAGGUUGCUUGGAUUCAGAACGCAACUGUCAGAGAUAACAUCCUUUUUGGUCUUCCAUUCGACGAGGCCAAGUAUCGUCGUGUUAUCAAGGCGUGUUGUUUAGAACGCGACUUUCAGAUCUUGCCUGGAGGUGAUAUGACGGAGAUUGGAGAGAGAGGGAUCAAUUUAUCAGGUGGCCAGAAGCAAAGGAUCAACCUGGCCAGGGCUGUUUACUUUGAUAGUGACAUUGUGCUUUUGGAUGAUCCUCUGAGCGCUGUGGAUACCCAUGUUGGAAAGAGCCUCUUCCAAGACUGUAUUUGUGGAGCCUUGAAAAAGAAGACACGUAUUCUCGUUACACAUUCCCUACACUAUUUGCAACAGUGUGACUGGAUAUUAGUAAUGGGCGAUCAAAAGAUAGCUGAACAAGGCACAUUUGCAAAUUUGUAUAGCUCUAAUGGACCAUUCACGACCUUGAUGAAGGAUUACGGAGGCAUGGAAUCAGAUGAUGAAGAAGAGCUAUUAGAGCCAUCACUGGGUGCCCACUUGGUUCCUCCGAAUCUAGAACGUCGACGUAGUCAAUUCUCAACCAAGAGUGCUAAAUCUAGUCGCGCCAGCACCGCUCUAGAAGACGAUGACAAAAUUGUGUCCAAGGCGGGCAAGGCCCUGAUUCUUGACGAAGAACGUGAAGUCGGUGCUGUAUCGUGGAAUGUAUAUAAAAGAUAUGUGAAUUUUGCUGGUGGUUGGAUUCUUGCAGGUCUUACCUUUUCGACAGUUGUCUUUGCUCAAGGUGCUAGAAUCGGUACAGACGUCUGGUUACAGCAGUGGGCUUCAAAUCACUUUUCCUUAUCGUUGAGCCAAUAUCAAGCCAUUUAUGUCUCAUUUGGGCUUGUUCAAGUGCUCAUUGUGACCAUUCAAGCAUUGCUGUUUGCACAAUUGGGUAUCAAUGCAGCCCAAAAGCUGCAUGACUCUGCAUUGAAGGCCAUUUUCAGAUCACCAUUGGCGUUUUUCGAUGUUACGCCUUUAGGCCGCAUUGUGAAUCGAUUUAGUAGAGAUCUUGAUGUGAUUGAUAAUAUUCUACCUGAAACACUGCGAAUGUUCAGUUUAACUAUGAGUCUUGCAAUGAGUAAUUUUGUUUACAUUGGCAUUGUCUUCCCUAUCUUCUUUGCUCCACUGCUUCCUGCCUUUAUCUACUACUACUAUAUUCAGAAAUACUACCGACAAACGGCUCGUGAGCUCAGAAGAUUAGACUCUAUGACUCGCAGUCCGUUAAUUUCUCACUUUGCUGAGAGUCUCACUGGUCUUCAGACUGUGCGAGCUUAUGGGGUUCAGGAUCAAUUCCGCUUGAAGAAUCGAGAUUUGAUAGACAGUAACGGACGCUGCUAUUAUCCUAGUAUCAAGGCUCAGCGAUGGCUUUCCAUCCGUUUGGAAGUUGUUUCCUCCCUCUUGGUAUUCUUGGCUACUCUAUUUACCAUCGUAGAGCGCCAUACGAUUCCCAGUUAUCUUUCUGGUUUGGUCGUGUCCUAUGCUCUGCAAAUCACCUCCACAUUCAAUUGGGGCAUUAGACAAGCAGCAGAGACUGAAACAAACAUGAAUUCAACGGAGAGGUUGCUAUACUAUGUCGACGACAUUGAAAGUGAAGCUCCUGAGACGAUUCCAGAGCAUACUCCUCCAGCUAAUUGGCCAGAUCGUGGAACGAUUUCGUUCAAGGAUGUAUCGAUACGGUACCGCCCAGACUUGCCACCAAUUCUACAUGGUAUCAGCUUUGACAUCAAGACCUCUGAAAAGGUCGGAAUUGUUGGAAGAACUGGUGCUGGUAAAAGUUCCAUCAUUGUAUCGUUGCUGCGACUAGUGGAGCUGUCGUCUGGAACCAUCACAAUCGACGGCAUUGAUAUCUCCACCAUCGGAUUACGAGAUCUGCGCUCUAGGAUCGCAAUCAUCCCGCAAGAUCCAGUUUUGUACUCUGGAACAGUCCGCAUGAAUCUCGAUCCCUUUAACGAAUACUCUGAUACGGAUUUGUGGGACGUUCUGGCUCGCUGUGAUCUUAAAGGUGCUAUUACGGCAAAUCCGGAUCAGUUAGAAGCUAAAGUUAGUGAAUCUGGGGAGAAUUGGAGUUCAGGACAAAGACAAUUGUUUUGUCUUGCAAGAUCUAUGCUGCGACGAGCUAGAGUCAUUAUUCUGGAUGAAGCCACUGCCAGUGUGGAUUUGCAAACUGAUGAAUUCAUUCAAGCUGCCAUCAGAAAGGACUUUUCUGAAUGCACAAUCAUUACGGUGGCCCAUCGUUUAAACACAAUUAUUGACUAUGACAGGGUCCUCGUACUCGAUGCUGGAAACGUAUCUGAAUUCGACACACCAUCAAACUUAUUGGAGAAUCCAUCGAGUGCGUUCUCAAAGGCUGUAGACGAAACUGGACCGCAAAAUGCCGCAAUCCUACGAAAUCUGGCCAAGAGGAAGAGCGAUGGCGCAGAAGUGCUUGCUGGUAUUUCAGGAUAUGCUACCGCUGAAUCAACUCCUACAUCUAAUGCUACUGCUCCGGUGUCUGUUUCGAGCCUAUUAGAGAAGUCUGGUGCUCUCUGA